CAUCCUUGGUUUAGGCCUAUGAAGAAUCUACAGAACGUAAAAUAAAAUGUUAUUCUAUUCAGCGAAUAUAAUGGGUUCCUUUGAGAUACAUCCCCGUAAUUCUUCUCGCUUACAAUAAUAAACUAUUCUUAAUAAAAUAAUUCCUACUCUCAUAUAAAUGAGUUUCCCCGUGUACAUCAAUAAUUUUUUGAAAUUCCACGUCUUGAAUACAGCGGUUUAGUUCAAUUCGAGAACCUAUCGAACAUUCGAUACUACGGAAGGUCGAUAUCAAAACAACGCAAUAUCGUCGUGCACAGCAGGUGUUUUCGUUUUCGUGUUUGUUGUCUUUUAUAAGCUGCGUAGAGUUUCUAUUGCAAAGCAAGGAUUUAUGACGAAAUAUUGUAUUCCACAGCUACAAUGAAGAGUUUAGAAAGAUGACGUUAUUGGAGCAUACAACAAUGAAAUGAGAGAGUGCCACUUAAUUUGAGGGGUUCCUGAUUGACAAUAGCAGUGAAAACCCCCUCACAGACCAUGAAUUUCACCACAUUUGGAGGGCACUUUCCUCCUGGCUCCAUACCCACAGCCACCAUUCAUCAGUUUGGUACAGCGAAGUUUGCCCACAAUGCUGGGGGACAAAUGUUGAGUGUUAUUGGUGGAGGGGAAGGAGCAGUACAGUACAUUCGCCAGGUUGACCCCAAUGGUUUCACAAUGGCAACAGCCCAAGGUACAGGCAACAAUCAGCAUCCUCAGGUACAACAGGCACUCAUUACAUUGCCCAUCAGUAUAGGAGGCAAACCUGGUGAACCAGGUCAGCCACAGCAGACCGUGCAGAUUCAGGUUGUGAACCCCAAUGCAACCACAAUAUCUAACAAUGGUACUGCAAACAAUGGUGCUCCAAAGUAUCACAUUUCCCCGCUGUCACUGCAUCACUUUCCCCCGGGUGUUUUGACAGUGGCUUACAGUGGACAACAGCAGGCUGGCACAGAAACAGUGCAGUUGCAGGUUCAGCAUCCACAGAUACAUGUGUCCCAAGCCUCCAACACCUCACCGCAGUCUCAGGAUAUUUCAAAUAAUAAUAGCAGCAACAGUAACAAUAAUAACAGCAAUACACAGAAUCAUCAGGCGCAAGUCUCACUUCACCAGGCGCAGCAGCAAACUAUCACAGUAACUGCAGGAGACAAACAUGAUCAACAUCAUCAAACAUUUCCUGUUACAGUUGUUGCAUUGCAACCACAGGAUCUUAUCCUCCGAGAUGCUGUGACAGCUGUGGAACUGGCAGCUGCCAAGUCACCUCAGCAAGAUGGGACAGGAACAAAGGACAACACUUUGCAGGUGGCCAUUGUGAAAACUGAAGGUGAUAAGGAUGCUCAGGGGAAUGAGGAUUAUAAUAGUUCACAACAUGCACCAGCAGGAACGGUGGCCACAAUGCCUCCUACAUGGCAGAGUAUAGCAGCCCCAGGCUCAACUGUGGCUGACUACCUUUCACGCAUACCUGCAUCCACCCUGCCCCUUAGCCUUCAUCACUUCUUAAAAUUCUCAGCUGAAACAAUCAAGCGUGAGGCUGCAAUAGAAUCGUCUCCACUCUCUAAUCCAGAACUUGUGGAUGCCAGUUCUGCUACCAGUCCAGAUGGAACAUUAGCUGCAGCUCAGGGGGUAGGAACUGCUGGAGCAAAACCUAAAAAGAAGAAAAAGUACAAGAAAAAGCCUCCCAAGCCACGACGUCCAAGACCAGGGCAAGUCCACAUUGCAACAGCAUUGGAUGGUACUACACUGUUCUGUUGUCCAGAGUGUCAUAUGGCAUAUCCUGAAAAGGAAUUGUUGGAGCAACAUCUGGUGGGGCACAAGAUUGAGCGGAGAUUCAUCUGUGAUAUCUGUGGGGCAGGCCUGAAACGCAAGGAGCACCUUGAAAGGCAUAAGCUGGGUCACAACCCUGACAGGCCAUACAUCUGCUCAGUAUGUCAUAAGGGUUUCAAACGUAAAGAGCAUUUGAACCUACACUUUGUGAUUCACUCGGGUGAAAAAACGGAGGUGUGUACAGAAUGUGGGAAGGGCUUUUACCGCAGGGACCACUUGCGAAAACAUGCCCGCAGCCAUAUUGCCAAGCGCGUCAAGGAAGAAAUGAGCAAUCAGCAGCAGCAUCAACAACAAGCUGCAGCAGCAGCUGCUGCUGCUGCCGCCGCCACCAUGGUGACCACAGUGGUACUGCCAACUGCUGCUGAGACAGGAGCCAUGAUGCUUCAGCAUCACCACUGAACAUAUUGGACCAGUGGUGCCAUCUGGCCAGAAUCAAACACUUGUGUCACAUGUUUGCUUGAAGCAGGAUUGAUUAUUUAUACUUUAGUGGUGCAAUUGCAAGAGGUGAAGAAACCAAAGCAUUACAGUUGAAAAUACGGAACUUAUGCAAAGUAUUAAUUUGAUGAGAAUUGUUUUGGAGAUGUGUUCUAGGUGAUUGUAAGACCUAAAUCACCUACUGUCACAACUUAAGAAAAAUGAGGUUGGGAUACAACUGUCAGCCAGAAUGACUGAGGUAUUGGCUUCACAGUACUGUGGUUUAUGAAAGAAUCAUGCUUGUACAAUGUGCCGAUAUUUCUAUCUUUAGAGGUGUACAAAUGUUAACACAGCAUCACAGCAACAUGAGUCUUGAGCUUUCAAAUUAAAAAUGUCAAUAACAGAGGAUCUGUUCAUUUAUUUUUUUCUAAUGUCUGCACUCUGUCGGUUCAGAGGGAACAGUUAUGAAUUACAUACCAGACAAGUCACAUUUACCAAGAAGUUAUCUAUAUAAUUCUGUGGAGAGGUCUUUUCACACAGACAGAGUAAGUACAAAGUAGCUUUACAAUUUUCAAUACAUGUAACAAAAUUUUCAUCACAUGUAAGAAGACAAAAGUGAAUUUAUUAGAUGACUGUUAUGUUCAAGUUUGUCUUUUGUCAGUUGUAAUAACACAUACCACCAUCACUAGUGCUUUGAUCCUACAAAGCAGAAUGGCAAUAUUUACUGGCACUGCAAGUGGAAUAUGUUUUCUAGUUCCAUGAAACAAAGUCUGUCAUACAAGUUUAGAGAAGAUUUUGUAUGCAUUAUGCCAAAGAACCUUCUAGUAGAUCAUUGGUGUAUGCCUAGCAUAGUCAUUCUGCUGAGACAGUGUUAUAUUAGCCAGAUAAAGAAAAUCAUUAAGUCAGCUGUGCUACUCAAAUGUCUAUCAGAUUGGUACACUUCCACAUUUUGUUGCAGAUAUUCAAAAACUUCUAAAUGAUCGUUUCCCAGGUAGGAUUGGUUGAGAUGAACCAAUUGCAUGGCAUCCUUGGUCACCAGACCUAAUGCUAGUGGACCUUUUUAUGGGAUUUGCAAAGUGUUCCAGCCACUGUUACCUAAUAAUGUGAAUGAAAGAAGGCACUCUACUGUUGACAAAGAUCAACUGGUUAAUACUCUUCAA